GAGACGUGCCGCUCUUUGCCGCCCGUGACGUCAUGAACCCCGAGUUGUUUCCCCGGGCGAGCGAGAGUGCCAGGAUGAACAUCAGCGGCGACGGGACCCCGCCUGUGGAGUUCAGCUGCCCAGGGGAGAUGCUCCCUGCCGCGCCCCACCAGUCUGAAGAAAAUCCGCCGACCGCCGGCAUCCAGAACAUGAGCCUCUCUGUGGGGCCGCGGAGCCACGAUCCCCCCGUGGAGCGACCCGCUCAGUCCCCGGCCGCCAAACCCCCCGCGGACGCCACCGCUGCCGUCCCCCAGAGCCCGGGCUGCCCGGCCGCCAGGAAGAGGAGCCCAGACGGCGCCCACCCCCACGCCCCGGAGAAGGUCACCCUGAUCGUGGACGACGCUCGCUUCGUCGUCAACCCGCAGAUCUUCACCGCCCACCCGGACACCAUGCUCGGCAGGAUGUUCGGCCCUGGGAGAGAAUACAAUUUCACCCGGCCCAACGACAAGGGGGAGUUUGAGAUCGCGGAGGGGAUCAGCUCCACAGUGUUUCGAACAGUGCUGGAUUACUACAAGACUGGAAUCAUUAACUGUCCAGAUGGCAUUUCUAUACCUGACCUGAGAGAUACAUGUGAUUAUCUCUGCAUCAACUUUGAUUUCAACACUAUCAAAUGUCAAGACCUGAGUGCGCUGCUGCACGAGCUCUCAAACGACGGCGCCCACAAGCAGUUCGACCAUUACCUCGAAGAGUUGAUCCUGCCCAUCAUGGUGGGCAGCGCCAAGAAAGGGGAGCGCGAGUGCCACAUUGUCGUGCUGACGGACGAAGACUCGGUGGACUGGGACGAAGACCACCCUCCGCCCAUGGGGGAGGAAUAUUCCCAAAUUCUUUACAGCUCCAAGCUCUACAGAUUCUUCAAGUACAUCGAGAACCGAGAUGUGGCCAAGACGGUCCUGAAGGAGCGGGGGCUGAAAAACAUCCGCAUUGGCAUUGAAGGCUACCCCACCUGCAAAGAGAAGGUCAAGAGGAGGCCCGGAGGCCGGUCGGAAGUCAUCUACAACUACGUGCAGCGCCCCUUCAUCCAGAUGUCCUGGGAGAAGGAGGAGGGGAAGAGUCGCCACGUGGAUUUUCAGUGCGUGCGCAGCAAAUCCCUGACCAACCUGGCGGCGGUGGGCGGCGGGGAGGCCGGCGCCCCCGAGGCCCGGGACCUGGGGCCCCCCCCGCCUCCCCAGGUGGACGAGUUGGACCGCCUCAACGCCCCCGCCUCGCAGGGGGCCCCGGGAGACCCCCUGGACUAGCGCCGCCCGCCCCUCCGGCCUCCUCCGCUCGGGGUGCCCGUGGGGGCCGAGAUUCAUUCGAUCGUAUUUAUUGAGCGCUCACUGUGUGCAGAGCACUGUACUGAGCGCUCGAGGUGGGCAAGCCGCAUCUCCCCCCUUCCCCCCCCGCCUCACCGGGGGGUCCCGACCGGAAUCCUCAAAUGGGGGGGGAAGCGGGAGAGGAGAGAGAACCCCCCACCCCCGAGAGAGCCCUGUGGGCCCUUGUGCUCUGUUGGCUGAGGGUAUCGCCAGCCGUGCGCAGCCGGAAGAUCCAGGCCCCCUUCCCACCCCCCCGGGGAUCCCACCUCCAGGGAUCAAGCGCCAUUUCCUCUGGGAAGAUCCCAGUCACAUGAGGACCAGAUAGAUAGAAAGCCGUGAGCCGGAAAGAGCGGAGAGAACCCAACCCCACCCUUGCCUCCGGAGGAGAUGUGACCUCGAGAAAGUUACAGAGAAGCAGCGUGGCUCAGCGGAGAGAGCGCGGGCUUA